ACCGAAACUGAAGCGAAAACGAGAUUUUAGGGUUUGCCCGUCCGAGAGAAGGGACAAGAGAUAAAAAGAAUUGUUGAGAUACACAGAAAGAAGCGGCGAUGGAAGGUCCCAGCAAUGGCGGAAUGUUGUACCAUGAGGUACAAGAAUCGAAGCUCUGUGCUGUACACUGUGUCAACACUGUGUUGCAGGGACCAUUCUUUACAGAAAUCGAUUUGGCCGCCCUCGCCUCCGACCUUGAUCUCGAGGAGCGUCGGAUGAUGUUGCAACCCAGUGCUCCCUCUGCCGAGUUCCUUUCUGAGGACUCCCAUAAUGUCUCUAUGGACGGGGAUUUCAGUAUCCAGGUUCUGCAAAAAGCUUUGGAGGUGUGGGAUCUGCAAGUGAUCCCCCUUGAUUGUCCAGUUGCUGAGCCUGCCCAGAUCGACCCUGAGCUGGAAAAUGCAUUCAUCUGUAAUUUGCAAAACCACUGGUUCUGUAUAAGGAAAGUGGGAGGUGAAUGGUACAAUUUUGACAGUUUGAUUGCAGCCCCAGAGCACCUCUCCAAGUUUUACCUCUCGGCCUAUCUUGACACUCUAAAGAGCUCAAACUGGAGCAUUUUCCUGGUGAGGGGAAACUUCCCUAAGGAGUGUCCCAUUUCCUCGUUUGAAGCUUCUAAUGGUUAUGGGCAGUGGCUAACACCAGAAGAUGCAGAAAGAAUAACUAAAUCAUGCAACUCAACAGAGCGGCCUCCUGAAAUUUCCAAUCAGAAUCAACAGCAUUCCGAGCCACUUAUACCAUUGGAGGAAGCAGCGGAGCAUGAAGAUGAAGACUUAAAAGCUGCAAUAGCUGCCAGCUUGAUGGAUCAUCCAGCCAUGACCAAUGCGGAAGCUGACACCCCCUCACAGAAUGAAAAUAAAAACAUCAUAGAAAAGGACAAGUGAUAAAAAAUAUUCUUUUAUAUCCUUGUACUGGUUGAGGUAAGGUCUUUAUAUUGGGAUGAUAUUUGAACUCACGUAGCCUUGGGGUAAAGGUCUUUAUAUUGUGCAGUCCACACAGCUUCAAUUUACCUUGUUUGUUCUUUGUCAAAGUUUAUAUUAUUGACAGUAUAAAAACUGUAAGAAAAUAACCUCAGCCUUCCCUACCGGAAGUGAAAUUCUGAAUUUCUGCUGUAAUUUUCCGUGAGGGAUUUGUUUGUUUUA